AUGGAGCUUCUAAUGAGAGCAAAGCAGCUUGUCCUUCAUUUGAAGAUUCAAGCAGGGCAAGUUUCGUGGUACCGAUUGGUGGAGAGUGAGCACUUUCCAGAUCCAACUGGCCUUCGAGCUCGAAUAGAACAAUGGACUUUUGGCCUUCAUCCAGCAUGCAUCAAGUAUUUCAUGUCUGCAUUAGAUGUUCCAGACGUUAUGGCUGUCACCCGAAACAAUAUAUGCAAGAAUGGGAUGGAAUCACUAUCUAGAGCGGGUGCCAUAAUCUAUUAUGCUUCCGUCUUCCUUUAUUUCUGGGUGUUCUCAACUCCUUCAUUCACCCGAUUCCACAUCAAAAGUGACGGUGAUCUUGAAGUCUACACUCUUGCAGUUGAUAAGGUCCCGAAAGAGUGA